CGGAGGGCCUUUUGGAUUUCUUGAUGUAGCGUGGCAAUCGGAAGUUAGGCCCUAGCAUCGGGGCUCCAGCAUCCCGCCCCCGGCUUUUGCCCAUCCAUCAUUCUUUCCUAACACUUCAAGUUCUGCGGGAAUAGCGAAAGGGGCGUAAGAACAGAGUGCUACUGCCAUUUGUUAACCUGGGUUUGCAAUACCUGUGGUACUCUAACGCUUACCAGGUCACGGGCCUUGUUGACGGUGUGAAGUCAUUUAGCUCUGUAAAAGGAAAGUCUAUUGAUACUAGGGUGACCACGCACAUUAAAUACACCGAAAUUUAACUGAUGACAAGUCCUAUUUUCUUUGCUUUAAUGCAGUUUGUGGGACUGAGUGGAGCUGUGCUAAUGUAAGUUUUAAGUAGAUGAGUGUGGUCUUAGGGUAGUAACAAUGAGCGUUAUAAAGUAGCAACGUUAGAACAUUAUGGGAUUCCAGAGGUUUUGAAGCCGAGGCAGAGUUUAUGAUGUUGGAGAAGAUCAUCUAACUUACUCUUAGAUAAUAUCGGCGAUGACUCUGGAUUGGAGUAGUCGCUGGAGUCUCAUAUAUGAGCUUCAGUCCGAGGAUCAGAAGGGCUGUACAUGGUAAAUGGACCACCACAUUUUACAGAAAGCACAGUGUUCCCAAGAGAAUCUGGGAAAAAUUGCAAAGCCUAUACCUUUAGUAAAGAUGGGACCUUGUUUGCCUGGGGCAAUGGAGAAAAAAUAAAUGUCAUCAGUGUCACUACCAAGGGCCUGCUGCACUCCUUCAACCUUCCAAAGGCAGUUUGCCUUGAGUUCUCGCCAAAAAACACUGUCCUGGCAACAUGGCAGCCUUAUACUACUUCUAAAGAUGAUACAGCUGGGAUACCCAACCUGCAACUUUAUGAUGUGAAAACUGGAACAUGUUUGAAGUCCUUCAUUCAGAAAAAGAUGCAAAAUUGGUGUCCUUCCUGGUCAGAAGAUGAAAUGCUCUGUGCCCGAAAUGUUAACAACGAAGUUCACUUUUUUGAAAACAACAACUUUAACACAAUUGCAAAUAAAUUGCAUUUGAAAAAAAUUAAUGAUUUUGUGUUAUCACCUGGACCCCAACCAUACAAGGUGGCUGUCUAUGUUCCAGGAAGUAAGGGUGCACCUUCAUUUGUUAGACUAUAUCAGUAUCCCAACUUUGAUGAACCUCAUGCAGCUUUAGCCAAUAAAAGUUUCUUUAAGGCUGAUAAGGUCACAAUGCUAUGGAAUAAAAAAGCUACCGCUGUGUUGGUAAUAGCUAGCACAGAUGUUGACAAGACGGGCGCUUCGUACUACGGGGAGCAGACGCUGCACUACAUCGGGACAAACGGAGAGAGCGCCGUGGUGCAGUUACCGAAAAACGGCCCCAUUUAUGAUGUGGUUUGGAAUUCUAGCUCCACUGAGUUUUGUGCCGUGUACGGUUUCAUGCCGGCCAAAGCGACGGUCUUCAACCUGAAGUGUGAUCCCGUGUUUGAUUUUGGAACUGGCCCUCGUAACGCGGCCUACUACAGCCCUCACGGACACAUACUGGUCCUGGCUGGAUUCGGGAACCUGAGGGGGCAAAUGGAAGUGUGGGAUGUUAGAAAGUACAGGCUCAUCGCUAAGCCGCUGGCCCCCGACUCUACGCAUUUUGCCUGGUGCCCGGACGGCGAGCACAUCGUCACAGCCACGUGUGCCCCACGGCUGCGCGUGAACAACGGGUACAAGGUUUGGCACUACACGGGCUCUGUCCUGCACAAGCGUGAUGUGCCGUCAAAUGCAGAAUUAUGGCAGGUUUCUUGGCAGCCAUUCUUAGACGGAAUAUUUCCAGAAAAAGCAAUAACUUACCAAGUAGUUCCAAGUGAUGUGCCUAGUGAAGAACCUAAAGCUGCAACAGCUUAUAGACCCCCAGCUUUAAGAAAUAAACCAGUCACCAAUUCCAAACUGCAUGAAGAAGAACCACCUCAGAAUAUGAAACCACAACCAGGAAAUGAGAAGCCAUUAUCAAAAACAGCCCUUAAAAAUCAAAGGAAGCAUGAGGCUAAGAAAGCUGCAAAGCAGGAAGCAAGAAGUGACAAGAGUCCAGAUAAGGCACCUGCUCCUGCCCCGCAAAGCACUCCACGAAAUACUGUUUCUCAGGCAACUUCCGGGGACCCUGAGACAGACAAAAAAAUCAAGAACCUAAAGAAGAAACUGAAAGCAAUUGAACAGCUGAAAGAACAAGCAGCAGCUGGAAAACAGCUAGAAAAAAAUCAGUUGGAGAAAAUUCAGAAAGAGAAAGCCCUUCUCCAAGAGCUGGAAGAUUUGGAACUGGGUAUUUAAAGAUUCAGAGAAAGCAAGCUGGUUACCAGAAAUCACUGCAAACGUAUUUUCUGUUAAACCCAUCAGUGUACAUAGAAAAAUCCAUGUGCCCACAUUUAACAUUCGUUCACUUGUAAUUUUGACCAUUUAUCUACGAUUCUACAUAUCUGUACAAUUACUUAAUAAGUCUGUUAAAUUGAUUUUUACAUCCUGCACCCUGUAUCAUGUCAACAUACGAUAUAGAAAAGAGACAUAUGAUUUUCAGUUUAGCUAAGCUUGACAGAUUGAAAGACUAAUGUCAUUGUUUUUUAGUAGGGGACAGUGUUUACCAUAUCAAUUAAUAAAGAGAUUUUAAUUUUAA